CGGUACACGGAUUAACCAUGGCCAAGCUCAUUCUCCUUACAGGUCUGGUGCUUUUGCUGAAUGCUCAGCUGGGCUCUGCCUAUCAGCUGACAUGCUACUUUACCAACUGGGCCCAAUAUAGACCAGGCCUUGGACGCUUCAAGCCUGAUAAUAUUGACCCAUGCCUGUGUACACAACUAAUCUAUGCAUUUGCUGGCAUGAAGAAUAAUCAGAUUGCCACCAUUGAAUGGAAUGAUGUGACCCUUUACCAAUCUUUCAAUGGACUGAAAAAUCAGAAUGGACAACUAAAGACUCUCCUGGCUAUCGGAGGAUGGAAUUUUGGAACAGCACCAUUCAACGCAAUGGUUGCCACUUCUGCAACCCGCCAGACUUUUAUCACCUCAGUCAUCAAAUUCCUUCGCGAGUAUGAAUUUGAUGGUCUGGAUUUUGACUGGGAGUAUCCUGGUUCUCGAGGCAGCACUGCUCAGGAUAGGGAUCUCUUUACUGUUCUCGUUAAGGAAAUGCGGGAAGCUUUUGAACAGGAGGCCCAACAAACUAACAGACCCAGGUUGAUGGUCACUGCUGCUGUGGCUGCUGGACUGUCCAACAUUGAAUCAGGCUAUCAGAUUCCACAGCUUGGCCAGUAUCUGGACUAUUUCCAUGUGAUGACCUAUGAUUUCCAUGGUUCUUGGGAGGGAUACACAGGAGAGAACAGCCCCCUAUACAAGGGUCCUGCUGACACUGGUGGCAACAUCUACUUCAAUGUUGACUAUGCCAUGAACUACUGGAAAAAUAAUGGUGCUCCAGCUGAAAAACUCAUUGUUGGAUUCCCAACAUAUGGACACACUUUCAUCCUCAGUAACCCAUCCAAUACUGCUGUUGGUGCUCCAACAUCUGGCCCUGGGCCUGCUGGACCUUACACAAGACAGUCUGGAUUCUGGGCUUAUUAUGAGAUCUGCACCUUCCUGAAGAAUGGAGCCACCCAGGCUUGGGAUGGUCCUCAAGAUGUCCCUUAUGCUUACCAAGGGAAUGAGUGGCUUGGCUAUGACAACAUCAAGAGCUUCCAGAUCAAGGCUGAAUGGCUGAAACAGAACAACUUUGGAGGUGCUAUGGUCUGGGCCCUUGACUUGGAUGACUUCACUGGAACAUUCUGCAACCAAGGCAAAUACCCCUUGAUCACCACCCUGAAGAAUGCUCUUGGACUAGAAAGUACCAGCUGCACUGCUCCUGCCCAGCCCAACCCUCCAAUCACGGCUGCUCCCAGUAGUGGAGGAAGUGGAAGUGGCAGUUCUGGCAGUGGUGGCAGCUCCAGUGGUGGCAGUGGUUUCUGUGCUGGCAAAGCCAAUGGUCUAUACCCUGUGGCCAGCAACAAGAAUGCUUUCUGGCACUGCCUGGAUGGAACCACUUAUGAGCAGUAUUGCCAGUCUGGCCUAGUCUUUGACACAAGCUGCAGCUGUUGCAACUGGGCCUAA